AUGCAAUGCAUGCAUGGUGCCAAGCGUAUUCACCUUUGUAACGUCUGCCACGUCCUUUUAUUGUCUCUUCUCUUCACUUCAUUCCUCCAUAAAAACACCAACUCUCUUUCUCCAUUUCUAUCACAUUUCAUUUUUUCUCACAUUUAUAUCUUCAUGGAUUACUCUCCACCACUAUCACCACUAACAUCACCUGAAUCAACACCACCAGCAUCACCACCUUACUACAUUGAAGAACCUAAAACUUUAACUGAACAACAACUUAAUGAGUUUAGGGAGGCAGCUCUGCACAUAAUCAAUACUCAUACUCCUGAAGAAGCCACAAAAAUUUUUCUCGAGGGUCUUAUACCUGUGAAUGGGGUGGAUCCAAGAGCACUUCCCAAGGAGAAGAAGGUCCCUGAAAAAACUGGUGACAAAGUCAAAAAUGGGAAUUUCUCUGGAACUGUUGACAAUAUCAAAAAAUGA